GCUGCCACAGUUUCAGCCCGAAAAAGAUUCCUCGUUAGGAAAUUGCGAUAGAAAUAUUCGGUUGCGAUCAAGGCAGUGGCUUCCCUCGCUUGAACACUACACAUAUUUCCGUCGAGAACAUACUCUGUAAAGCACACGGAUCUGGGACUCGAAGAUGAUGCCCGCUCAGCACGUUUACGGACACCAUCAGUUUAAUCCACAGACCGACUCGGCAUGGAUGCAUCAGCAGUCUAAUCAACACCACCAUGCUCAGCAAGCUGCUGCCGCCGCCGCUUCUGCCGUACAGCAGCAGCAGCAACAACAGCAACAGCAACAGCAACAACAGCAGCAACAGCAACAGCAGCAGCAGCAGCAUUAUAAUAGACUUGCUAGUGGGCAUUCUGCGGUUCCGUCUCUUGGCAAUGCGCAUGCUCCGGAAGGCGGCCACGACAACAUAUCCGAGGACAAUCGAAGAACAAUGGCUUACAUUGCCGAUCUGUUGAGCGAAAGCACUCGCGAGGCGGCCCUUCUGGAGCUGAGCAAGAAGCGAGAACAGGUUCCUGAGCUUGCGCUCAUACUGUGGCAUUCGUUCGGAGUCAUGACAUCGCUGCUGCAAGAGAUUAUUUCCGUCUACACUCUCUUGAAUCCUUCACAGCUCACUGCUGCGGCUUCCAACAGGGUAUGCAACGCGCUAGCGCUUCUUCAGUGUGUGGCCUCCCACAAUGACACGCGCACGCUGUUCCUGAACGCCCACAUCCCUUUAUUCCUCUAUCCCUUCCUUAACACGACGUCGAAAUCGAGACCGUUCGAAUACCUACGUCUGACGUCGCUGGGCGUUAUUGGCGCCCUCGUCAAGAAUGAUUCUUCCGAGGUCAUCAACUUUCUGCUCACCACAGAGAUCAUUCCUCUUUGCCUACGUAUUAUGGAGACAGGCUCAGAGCUGAGCAAAACUGUGGCGAUUUUCAUUGUGCAAAAGAUCUUAUUGGAUGACAAUGGGCUCAACUACAUUUGCGCUACCUACGAACGCUUUUACGCGGUGGGCACUGUCCUUAGCAACAUGGUUGCUCAACUCGUUGAGCAGCAAACCGCUCGGCUUCUCAAGCACGUUGUGAGAUGCUUUCUCCGAUUGAGCGACAACGCGCGCGCGCGUGAGGCUCUGCGCCAGUGUCUUCCAGAGCCCCUCCGAGAUGCGACCUUUUCUUCUGUCCUUAGAGACGACGCUGCGACUAAGAGAUGCUUAGCCCAGCUCCUCAUAAACCUGUCAGACAAUGUCGUCGAACCGGCCCAAGGGGGACACCCUGGCCUUUGAGGCCAUGGAUACCUGACAUAUUGUAAACGUUCUGGGGCCAACAUAGACUCAUGCAUAACUCGGCGACUUGGAGGUCAGUGAUUUCAUCGGAAAACGCAAAGCGUCGUAGACGUAUCGAUACCCGCUUUCUUGCCCAGAUGGGGGCAUAUCAGGCUGAUCUGGGAUGCAUCUUCAACUUG